AUGGUUCCGUCCAUCUGGGAGCCUCUGAAGAUGAUUCCAUCCGCUUCCAAUCAACUCUGCCCUGCUUAGAAUCAAAAUUUGUUUCCCUUUCAUUUUUGCCUCCACCGUCCACCACAAAAUAUCGCUAUCCCAAUCGAAACCUGAGUAAUAUCAUCAUUUUUCACCAGAGAAGCAUUUUUGCGAUUAAAGUUUACAAAUUAUAUAUGAAUAGAAAGUUUUUGGGGCAAAAAGAACUUUGGUGACAACAAAAAAAAAAAUUGAAAGUUUGAAAAAAAGCGGAAAUCCGAAAAAUGGCAAAACGUGUUGUCCAUAGAGCGACUUUACUGCAUAACGCCCUUUUUGCGGCAACUCAAACUUUCUUCUCUCCGACUUUGAGUUAUUUUUUCUCCGGAACUAGAAAAUUUGGUACGUUUCCAAGUUCACCGUUCGAUUCGCAAUGAAAAGCUCUACAAAGUACUGCUUUGAACUGGAACACCGUUUUUUACUGCCCCUAUGCCUUAAGGGAUGAUGAUGAGCCCACAAAAAACUUCUGCCGGCCGGUCCACAGGCUCUGAAUCACUCAAAAAAAAGAAGUCAAAGUUUUUUCCCUCACUUUGUCCUUUGCAACCACGUCCAUUCGCAACCUUUUCCUUCUUUCCAACCGCGUCGCUCGUCGUGUCGCCAGCGUGGCGUGGCCUCCAUUUGCGACUUUGAACAAAGUUCGAAUUACAGAAAAAUUUCAGAUUCAACUACCAAUCCCGCUCGCGACAUCGCGGACGCACGAAAGAACGGUGUUCAACGCCGCAGCAAAAAUAUUCGACGUCAAGGACCUCAAGCAGGCGGACCCGACUUCUUCGUCUCCACGGUCGCAGGGGGAAGAAUUUUCCUUCGCCAUCAUCUUGACUUCCAGAACGAGCGGAGAAGAUCGUUCGGAAUUCUUCUGCUCGCCCAAGCGAGCCAACGUCAAGAAGGAAAUGCCAUCCACGGGAGAACCGCGGUCCUACCUGGGCACCCAUAUUAAACAAGAUCAAGGAGCGUCAAGCAGACCUCAACGCCCGCGGAACCAAGCAGGGCCUCCCCUCGGUCAAGUCCCUGCCGAGCGCCUGGUCCAAGUGAUUCGGCCCCCAAAAGGUAUAUUUUGUUCUAUAGCCUAUUCCGCGCCAGCUUGUCACGUUUUUUCUUCCGCCAAAAAGACCGUAUACCAAAAUUUCUGCUUUUAUAACGGCAAGAAACAAAGGUCUCGAAGCGAAGUUGGUCAAAUUUGACCUGCCCUUUUUGCACAAUGAAAAACGUGACAAGCUGGCACGGAAUGGCCUAUACUCUUUAUCUUAAGCGUUUUCUUUCAGUCAAAAAAGGACAUAGACUAUUAAAAAAAAAGCUCUCAGUCAAGCCAGCAACACACUUCGCAAGGCCUUUAAACCCCCAGAUGAUUUCAAAUAAAAAAGUUUCUCGCUCCUCUUCUUCUUCUUCUUCUUCAAAAAACCUCUUAUAGGCGAUGUGACACCACUUGAAAUUUCAUGGAACGAUACUCCGAUGUUCUUGUGGUGCUGUCGCGAAGCGCCUUGAAUUUGCGGAUUUCGGUCGCGAUUUCCAUUUUUUCUUUUAUUUGGUGUUUUCACUUUUUUGAAAAUGUUUUAAUUGUUUUUUACGUGCAAAAACGGAACUAUUCUUGCUUUUGCACAGAAAAAUAGUCAAAAUUUCAAAUGAAAGAAAAAAUGGAAAGCGCGACCGAAAUUCGCAAAGGCAAGGCGCUUUCACGGCCACAAGGCCACGCAGCGGAGUGUCGUUCCAUGAAAUUUCAAGUCGUGCCACAUCGACUAUAACAACAAAAUUUUCCGAUUCUAACUGAACUUUCAGACGUCGCCAUCCACGACCUAUGA